GUUGUUAACCCUAAUGAGGUGGACACCAACUUCAUUUUUUAACUAAUACUGACGAAUUUUCAAAAGUUUUAUUUAUUUAUUUCUAUUUGAAGAAUACGUUUCCAAUCAAAAGAGUGCUGAGAUGCUGGUUUAAUUCCUCUACCUCUGGCUGUGGCACAUUGCGGCUCCAAGUGCGCACGGCCCCUCUGCAGCAGCUCUCUGCAGACCGCCUGCCAGGCAUCUGGAUCCUCUGCGUUUAUUUCUGGAGCCGCAGCGCUUUGCUCCAUCUCCCCCCUCCACCACCACCCCAACAGGUGGAUUAAGUCGACUGGGAAAGAACAUUGGGAAAUCAGACCGCAGGGGGAUAGUGGAGGCGCUGCAGAUUCAGAUGUGGUCUGCAGGGGAAACUUGUGCGGUUGUUCCUCUUUUUUGCUCUGCUUGGGUUUGUGUUUCGCGGCGAGCGGGAUGCGGCGUUUGCCUUGCGUAAGAGCAAAUCGUGAUCAAAACGGAGCUGCUGCACCACCAGAAACCGAUCUCCACCAACAUGAGUGGAGAAUGAAGGUUGGAUUUAGAGAAAACAACUAGAGAAGACAAAGUGGCUCCAGCGGUGGCUGGAAAGCAGCUUCGUCAGUGUGGAUCCGCGCUGAUGGUUUCUCUUCGAUGCAGGUUGUAAGAAGUUGAAAGGAUUGUUUUUUUUCUUCAUGCUGUUUCCCAAAAGAAGGACAUUGGGUUUCCAGAGAGAAGUUCCAAUGCUCAGCAUCCAAAAGUGUGAAGUCCCUCCGGCUGGCACCAACUGCAGCAGUGUUAACAGGGUGCUGGAAAGCUGAAGACCAGGGAGAUGUCACAGCUGUACUACCGGAGGACUGACAGCUCUUCCUACCGGGAUCGCAUCCCACUGAGAAUUGUGCGGGCCGAGUCGGAGUUGUCAAAUCUGGAGAAAGCCUACCUGGGAGCUGUGGAAAAGGGGGACUAUGCUAGCGUCAAACAAGCUCUGGAGGAGGCUGAGAUCUACUUCAAGAUCAACAUCAAUUGCAUCGACCCUCUUGGCCGCACAGCUCUGCUGAUCGCCAUCGAGAACGAGAACCUGGAAAUCAUCGAGCUCUUGCUAAGCUUCAACGUCUAUGUUGGUGAUGCUCUUCUGCACGCCAUCCGCAAGGAAGUGGUAGGAGCCGUGGAGCUACUGCUUAAUCACAAGAAGCCUAGUGGAGGCAUGCAGGUCCCUCCUAUCCUUUUGGACAAGCAGUACUCUGACUUCACCCCUGACAUCACUCCUAUCAUCCUUGCUGCACACACCAACAACUAUGAAAUUAUCAAGCUCCUGGUGCAGAAAGGAGUGUCAAUGCCUCAGCCACAUGAGGUGCGCUGCAACUGUGUGGAGUGUGUGUCUAGUUCAGAUGUGGAUAGCUUGCGGCACUCGCGCUCUCGCCUCAACAUCUACAAAGCACUGUCGAGUCCCUCUCUAAUUGCACUCUCCAGUGAAGACCCUUUCCUUACUGCAUUCAGGCUGAGCUGGGAGUUGCAGGAGCUCAGCAAGGUUGAAAACGAGUUUAAGUCAGAGUAUGAGGAGUUGUCUCAGCAGUGCAAACAGUUUGCCAAGGAUCUUCUGGAUCAAACCAGGAGCUCCAGAGAGCUGGAGAUGAUUCUAAACUACAGAGAUGACAUCAAUUUAUUAGACGAUGAGGGGAACAACGAACUUGCGAGACUGAAACUGGCGAUCAAGUACCACCAAAAAGAGUUUGUAGCCCAGCCUAAUUGUCAACAGUUGUUGGCGUCCAGAUGGUACGACGAGUUUCCGGGCUGGAGGCGGCGCCACUGGGCAGGAAAAUUAAUCACUUGCGUCUUCAUUGGCCUCCUCUUCCCUCUGUUUGCUUUCUGCUACCUCAUCGCUCCUAAGAGCCGCUAUGGCAACUUCAUCCGCAAGCCCUUCAUCAAGUUUAUCUGCCACACAGCAUCCUACCUGACGUUCCUGUUCCUGCUGCUUCUUGCCUCCCAGCACAUUGUUGCCACAGAGCAAGACCGGCAGAACAGGCAGGGACCAGCACCAACCACCGUGGAGUGGAUGAUCUUGCCAUGGGUGCUGGGAUUCAUUUGGGCAGAGAUCAAGCAAAUGUGGGAUGGUGGAUUUCAAGACUACAUCCAUGACUGGUGGAACCUGAUGGACUUUGUGAUGAACUCUCUAUACCUGGCCACCAUCUCCCUUAAGAUUGUAGCCUACACAAAGUACAGUGGAACUAAACCGAGGAACCAGUGGGAAAUGUGGCAUCCUACUUUAGUAGCUGAGGCCUUGUUUGCCAUAGCAAACAUCUUCAGUUCCCUGCGCCUCAUCUCGCUCUUCACAGCUAACUCACACCUGGGACCUCUGCAGAUCUCUCUUGGGCGAAUGCUGCUGGACAUCCUUAAGUUCCUCUUCAUCUACUGUCUGGUUCUGCUGGCUUUUGCUAACGGGCUGAACCAGCUGUACUUUUACUAUGAGACAAAGGCUUCAGAUGAGAGAGGGAAAUGUAAAGGCAUUCGCUGUGUGGAACAGAACAACGCUUUCUCUUCGUUGUUUGAGACACUACAGUCUCUUUUCUGGUCCAUCUUUGGCCUUAUCAGCCUCUACGUGACGAACGUGGAUGCAGACCACCAGUUCACUGAGUUUGUUGGUGCCACCAUGUUUGGAACUUACAAUGUCAUAUCUCUGGUGGUGCUUCUCAACAUGCUCAUCGCUAUGAUGAACAACUCCUACCAACACAUCGCUGAUCAUGCAGAUAUUGAGUGGAAGUUUGCCAGGACAAAGCUGUGGAUGAGCUACUUUGAGGAAGGAGCUACUUUGCCCACACCUUUUAACAUCAUUCCCAGCCCCAAAUCCUUUUGGUACCUAAUGUGUUGGAUCAAGAGGCGAGUGUGCAAAAGGACAAGGCUCAAGAGUGCAGAAAAUUUUGGGACCCUGGGGAGACGAGCAGCAGAAAACCUCAGGACAAACCACCAAUAUCAGGAGGUUUUAAGGAACCUGGUGAAACGCUAUGUGGCUGCCAUGAUCAGAGAUGCAAAGACAGAAGAGGGACUAACUGAAGACAACUUUAAGGAGCUAAAGCAGGACAUCUCCAGUUUCCGGUAUGAGGUGAUGGGCAUGAUGAAGACGGGAAAGCCUGCUCUUCAGGGUGCAAUAGCCAGUGGCAGCUCUGUGGAUUCUAAUCUCGCCUACCCUAAUUCCUCGCUCAAGAUUUCUACCUGCCCAGCAAUCAGCCAGGUGAAGAAAAAACUAAACCGGUUCAAGAUCACCACAUCCCUUUUAAAGCAAAGCAGCUCGUCGGCUUCACCCAGGCCCCCUGAAUCCUCCAACGGCCUGCUUAAUGGCCUCUUGCCUCUGGCCUCAACCGACAGCUGCAGCCAGACGUCAAGACAGUGGAGGAACUACCCUAAAAACAAUAGUGACUUUGGUAUGUUUCACAAACUCCACUGGGGGGGCACAGAUGUCACAGGAGGCACAGGGGAAAUUUCCAGGGAAAUGUACUGUUUAUCAGAAGAAAUGGGAGAUUUUGGGGGUUCAGACACAGAUGAACAGAGCAAGGAGGCUGCAAAUGCAGCUAAGACUGACAAAGAGCCACCAGCAAUUAAAAGAAAGAAUGAGGCUCCAGAAACUAAAGAGGUGUCAAGCAUGAAGGGCAGCUUUGAUAAAAAUGAAGAGAAGAAAACUGCAGAAGGAAAUAAAGAUCCACUUUGCACAGACUCUGGAGCUGAUGAAUGCUUGCCAGGAUCCACCACUGAAGAUGCAAAUGAGAUGUGAUGAGAAAUGACUAGCCCUGAUGGUUAAGGAGAUGUUGGACCCAAAAAAGAGACUCACAAAGGCUGCAUUCACAUUGCAGGAAACAGCAACACAAACCCUUCAUUUUAUACUUUGAUCAGAGACUGAACAAUUUAAAAGUAUUAAAGACCCACUCCUAUCAUCUUUUGAUCUAUUGUAAAAGCGUUCCCAGUGGUCUUUGAAUUAUGAUUAUAGCCAUAAUUUCAGCCAUAAUCAAAACCUAUUUUGUUUUCUAGAACAUAUUUUCUGCAGAGCGGCAGUAGUUCAUUAGAAAUUUGCCUCUGAGUUGUGGGCAGGACUGUUGGCGGGGAGUAAACCUUCCCCACUUCCUAUCAUCUCUCUGUUUACUCCGGUGCAACAAAAAUUGGCGAGCCAUAUCUGAGCCAUCCAGCCGUACAGUUUUGAGUCAGAUGCCAGGUUAGACAAGGAAAAACAAAGACGUACAUGGAUCUAGUCGUCUGCAGGUGAAUGCAGGUAAAUGGAGCGGAGCAGGGAGCUUGUGGCCCACCGACUGUAUUUUUUGGGAAACAAUUACAAUCUUUUUCAAAUGGCAUUUUCUCAUCUGAACUUGAUUCACAAUGAUUUGAAUAAAGAAAUACUCAGAAAUGCAAUUUUAAGCUUAAUUUUCUUCAUAUAUGUCCUCCACUGUGAGAAGAAAGCUACUAGAUCAUGUUAAAAACACUGAAAAUUGGAGUAAAGUGUCUCCACUGAUUUCCUGCCUCAGUUCACCUUAUUUACCCACAGAAAGUGAACCCCAUACUAUAACAAGGGAAUCGUGCAGCAAGUCCUGCAGUGUGAAUAAAGCCCUGGAGUUCUUGCAGCUGUUUCUAAAGGAAUGGUCACUUUUGACUCUAGAGACUCAGGGAGACCAAAUGGUUAGUGAACUACAUUAGCAGAGGAAAUGCAGCAAUUGCGGAAUGCAGGUUUGUGUGAACUUUCCAAGAUGAUAAAACUCGUCUUAACUGCUCUACAUUGAAGAAAGGGAACAAUUAUUCCCUUCAAUAGAUAGGAAUUCCCUUUUGAUCUGUUUCACUUUCUCUUAAUCUUCUCAGACAUGUGAAUCCCUGUUCAGAUGAUCCUGUUGUUUAACCUCUAUUACCAAUCUCUCUACCUCUUUUCCCUUUUAUCUCAACACCACUUCAACAUCCUCCUGUCUUAGCUCGCUGAAGCAAUAGAUGUGUUGUUUUUGACCUGACUUCCUGCCUUAGACUGUCUGUUUCUGCACUUUAUUCGACUCACACUGGCAUUCUGUCACUUAGCUGUCAUCAUGAACAAUUUCUCAUCCUGUCAAUGUUUUUUCUAUGCAAAAACCUUGCAAUUUGAGUCAUCGUUCUAACAAGGUUAGCUGUCAGUUUGUGACAGAUGUUCCCUAACAGAACUGAGCUUUGACUGAAGAGAACACAAAUGUCUGUCACUUGAUGCAACAGAUUAUUCAUGUUUAAACACUCAGACCCAAUUAGCAGUUUUUGUUAUUUAAUGGUAGUUUCAAUGAGUGGCAUAAAAAAAUAAAGAAGGCAUUAAAAAAUGUCA